UUGGCGCAGCAUGACUUUGCUCCAGCCUGGCUUAAUUUUCCUACCCCACCAUCAUCAACAAAGUCGUCAUUGAAUUUUGAAAAGCAUUCUGAGAACUUUUCAUGGACAGAAAAUCGUUAUGAUGUGAAUCGUCGACGACACAACUCUUCAGAUGGCUUUGAUUCUGGUAUUGGACGUCCUAAUGGAGGUAACUUUGGAAGGAAAGAAAAAAAUGGAUGGCGUACACAUGGAAGAAAUGGUACUGAAAACAUAAAUCAUAGAGGGGGAUACCAUGGUGGAAGUUCCCGUUCUCGUAGCAGUAUUUUCCAUUCUGGAAAAAGCCAAGGACUACAUGAAAACAACAUACCUGACAGUGAAACAGGGAGGAAAGAAGACAAGAGAGAACGCAAACAGUUUGAGGCUAAGGAUUUUCCAUCUUUAAAUCCUGAAUAUGAGAGAGAACCAAAUCAGAAUAAAUCUUUAGCUGCAGGUGUAUGGGAAUAUCCCCCGAAUCCUAAGUCUAGAACUCAAAGGAUGCUGCUCAUUAAGAAAGGUAAUACAAAAGACUUACAGCUAUCUGGAUUCCCAGUAGUAGGAAAUCUUCAGUCACAGCCAGUUAAGAAUGGGACUGGUCCAAGUGUUUAUAAAGGCUUAGUCCCUAAACCUGCUGCUCCACCCAUGAAACCUACACAAUGGAAAAGCCAAACUAAAGAAAAUAAAGUUGGGACUUCUUUCCCUCAUGAGUCUACAUAUGGUGUCGGAAACUUCAAUGCUUUUAAAUCAACUGCCAAGAAUUUUAGUCCAUCAACAACUUCAGUGAAAGAGUGUAAUCGCUCAAAUUCCUCUUCACCUGUUGACAAACUUAACCAACAGCCUCGUCUAACCAAACUGACACGUAUGCGCACUGAUAAGAAGAGUGAGUUUUUGAAAGCGUUGAAGAGGGACAGAGUAGAAGAGGAACAUGAAGAUGAAAGUCAUGCGGGCUCAGAAAAGGAUGACGACUCAUUUAAUUUGCAUAACAGCAAUAGUACUCACCAAGAAAGCGAUAUAAACCGAAACUUCGAUGAAAAUGAAAUUCCACAAGAGAAUGGCAAUGCCUCAGUAAUUUCCCAGCAGAUCAUUCGGUCUUCAACCUUCCCACAAACUGAUGUUCUUUCUAGUUCACUUGAGGCAGAACACAGAUUGUUAAAGGAGAUGGGCUGGCAAGAAGACAGUGAGAAUGAUGAAACAUGUGCUCCCUUAACUGAGGAUGAAAUGAGAGAAUUCCAAGUUAUUAGUGAACAGUUACAGAAGAAUGGUCUGAGAAAAAAUGGUAUUUUGAAAAAUGGCCUGAUCUGUGACUUCAAGUUUGGACCCUGGAAAAACAGCACUUUCAAACCCACUAUUGAGAAUGAUGACACAGAGACAAGUAGCAGUGACACAUCGGAUGACGACGACGUGUGAAGGAUUUCCUAACAGCUUUAGAAAUUUUAGUGUGAUACAUCUCUCAUACAGUUUGGGGUGAAUUGUAAAAAUGAAGAACUAUAAUUUAUGUAGUAAAAUACCCCAUUAGAAGAUGAUUUUUUUGGGGGACUUCAAUAUGAAGAAAACCAAGAAUGUUGUGUUGGGCUGUGUUGAACAUUAUUUCUUUGUAAAUUAAUGUUGUAGAAAUGAGGACUUUGGUUGAUCCAGCAUUGACUUUCUUCAUCACUGCAGCAUUUCUCUGACUAGCAAUGUGACGAUGUAACAAAUGAGAUUUUCUCAUUUAAUAAUAAAAAAAUUGUGUA